UAGAUGCAAUAUAUAUGAAAGAAGAAAUCACUUUGCUGGAGAUUCAAGUACUUCUGCUCUUAUGAUGUGUUUUUUUUGUUAUUUUUUUACAAGAAAAUUUAAUUUACACAAUUAUUACCAUAUAAUAUUAAGAAAAAAUGUUGGACUCCCGGGCAUUCGCUCGAGGCAAGCAUCUAGCAAAUAGUGAUGUCCCCAUAUUCUAGUUCUUGCACUCCUCAUUCUUUUCUCUUUCUGCCUAUUAAGCACCAAAAAUAUCAAAUCAUCACUUUAAGGAUUUAGUCAUUGUUAGUGAUCAUCAUUCAGAAGUGAGAAUGGCGGUUCACUUCUCCAUGUUUCUGCUCUCUGCAUUUCUCAUUCUUCUCACUGUUAGCGGGCAAAGUGGCGGUAAUGGUAAUUUCGCUGAUUAUAGCGGUGGCAACGGAAACCCGGGAGGUUCCGACAAUCAAGGUGGUUAUGGCGGCAGCAAUGGAUACCCGGGAGGUUCUGGCAAUCAAGGUGGUUAUGCCGGUGGCAACGGAUACCCGGGAGGUUCCGGCAAUCAAGGUGGUUAUGGCGGUGGUAACCGGUACCCGGGAGGUUCCGGCAAUCCAGGUGGUUAUGGCGGCAGCAAUGGAUACCCGGGAUGUUCUGGCAAUCAAGGUGGUUCGAACCAGAAAACUUGGGUUCUUGAUGUUGAUUCGUUGCAAAAACAAGUUCUUUUUGAGUUUUGA